AUGGGUCACGAAAUGGACGGGGACUUUGUUACCUGCAGCAUUGAUAAAUUCAUGAGAUGCUAUCUGCCAUUUCUCCCCCUCGACAACGACAUCAACCGCUGUCUAGAUGAGCAUCUCAUUCCAGACAAUAUCAUAACCAGGAUUGUUGACAAAGCAGGACAGGAAAGUCUUCUGUUCACUGAGUUUCCAGAUACUCCGGUCAUCGUUGUCGGGAAGAAAAACGAAAUGCAAAUUUACUCACCAUUGGCCGAUAUCGCCAAAAGCAUAGGAAAUUAUUCAUUCCAGGUACCUGCUGGCGAAAAACCACGCACGCGCAACAGGUUCAAUUAUCGUAAUGCGUACAACUCCACCAUCAAGUCAGAUAUUGAAGGAAGUAAUCACAAAAAUGACGGCUGCUUCACAUCGGACCCUGACAACAUUUUAAGCACAUGGGGUACAGCCGUACCCGUGGAGCAGCAGGUUAGGGCCAAACACGAGGAUCGGCUUGAUAAUAUUGAAAAGAUAUUGUCAGCCAAUGUCCAAAUAAUGAAUGACGACGUACGACGCAUGUUCACUUACGGGAUUACGUUCGACGCGGAUGAAAUGAGACUCUGGUAUCAUUCCAGAUCUCACUCUGCGGUUUCGGUGCCAUUCAACUUUGUGAAGGAACCUCUGAAACUUGUCAAAAUCUUUAUGUCGUUCCUCUUCGCCACCGAUGUUGAACUUGGAUACGAUCCCAUGGUUGAGCGCCAAGAAGACGGCCACUAUAUUUUCAAGAUUCCACGGCCUAAACCCACUGAAAGCACAAUAUUGCCAAGCGGUGACGCUUCAUCUUCCCACAGCGCGUCUUCAUCUUUGGACAGCGUGUCUUCAUCUUUGGACAACGCGUCUUCAUCCUCGGACGACAAUGCUCUGUCUACGGAUAGCAAUUUUCCAUCCACGGACAGCGAUUCUCAUCCUAUAGAGGAGCAAUUAUCAGUGAAGGAACAGCAAGACGCACCUGACGACUAUCAGUAUUACCGCACUGUCAGGGUCUUGUCUUGCUACCGUUCCAACAAGAUCUCGGGCCGGAUGCCCAGAGUAUGGGUAAUUGAGCCCUACGAUCCGGUGACGAAGAAAGUCAUUCCAGGAGACCAAUUGGUACUCAAGGACGUUUGGAUCGAGAAGAGUGCUCAGACCGAAAGGGUAAUUCAAACUGCAAUUUUUGAGGACAUCAACAAGUUUGGCGAUUGCAAGGCCCCUCCAACAACAGACCCCGCUCUUAAAAUAAUCUGGGAGCAGCUCAAAGAUUCUAUACAAAGUCGAGAAUACAAGAAACUAUUUCUCACUAUCGAAAAUGAUUACACUGGUUUUACGUCGAAAAAGCCUGCCUCUGGUUCAAAGCGCAUCUGGGGGCUGCAUAAACCGGUCGAGACGUCGUAUAAAUCUACCGGAACGACCCUUCGCAAAGAAGCCGGGCAAUCUCACCCCAUUCCCGCCAGCACAGAGACGAAUAUACAUCGUCCUUUUAUUCCCAAAAAGCAAUACCGAAUAAUUUAUAAGGAAGAUUUUGCAGAUGACUCGAAGCCCUGGCAAGGCAAGUUGAUGGAUCUCGAAUAUGCACGCAGGUUUCCUCCGCAAUUUGGAGACACACAGGAACCUAAAACAGGCACUCCUUUUUUUAUGCCGACGGAAAUUCUUUUCGAGAGAUUUCUCCAUCAUCCUCUACCAGAUAGGCUUGGAAUCAGUAAUCCUUACGAUAACAAUGACACAGAAGAAGAAACACUUGAUGAAGCGCGACACUUAGUCCAUCAUUUCCACCACGAUUUGGAGUCUCUAUGGUGGCUCAUACUUUAUCUCAUCACCUCCCAUGUCGAAGACCAACCUGCGGCAAGUUGGCCAGACUCGAAUGCGCAAGCUGCUGCAAUUAAUGCUUGCCGCAUUUGGAUCAGGCGCAUCUUUCAGAACACUAUGCAACUUUCAUCUGAGAGGCAUGCCUGCUUCAUCCAAUCACCGAAAAAGAAACUGGUCGAGAUAUUGCCCAAAUCAGUGGCUGUUCAUGCGCGGCAUAUUGAGACACUGAGAAAGGACUUAUUCGAUUCCUGCAUAGUGUGCGUGCGGAACAAUCGUAUCCUAGAUCACGACUUCUAUGCCACGUUACAUGUACGAUCUGGUUGGUUCUUUACGACGUUACAAGGUUCAGAACAAAAGGAUUGGCGGAACUAUGUGAUAAACCCCAAGGAAACGACACCUAAUGCAAAGUCUCUCACGACAUCGAGCAACCCAAGUAAUGCCCCAUCGGAUCCAGGCAUAAAGGUGGGACAGGGUGAUACUCCCGCUGCAGGCUCGAAAUCUCUUGCAGCCAUCGACAGUGUUAAUGCUAAGCAAUCGGGUCAAUUAAAGCCAGCUGGCAUUCAAUCUAAGGAAUGUCUUCCUCGACCAGUCAAAAUGCAACCACUAAAACGAGGGCCCGAGAAGAAUCCCAAUCUAAAUCAAGGGAGGUCUAAAAAUGAUAGUAAACGAAGCCGACAUGAUUCUUAA